CUUCUCGUUAUAAAAAGGGUUUCUCAGACGCGGCGGCGUGGGAGGAGGUGGCAGAGGAAGGAGUUCUCAGCCAUAGCCGGCAUGGGCUCGCGUGAGGUCGCCGGCGGCAACGGCUCCGUCGACCACCUCCAUGGCGUCCUCGAGCUGACGGUGUUCGAGGCCGACGACCUCCACAACGCCAUCCAUGGCCGGAUCAUGAAGGCGACGGAGAACUUGGAGGAGUCCCUGGGCGUGCAUUGGCUGGGGCACAGGAUCUACGUCGACGUCGAUGUCGGCGCGGCGAGGGUGGCGCGCACCCGCGAGGUGGAGUUCCACCCGACCAACCCCGUCUGGAACCAGUCGUUCCGCCUGCACUGCGCCUACCCCGCCGCGCCGGUGGCGUUCACCGUCAAGAGCCAGCACCUCGUCGGCGCCGGCGUCCUCGGCGCCGCGCACGUGCCCGCCGCGCGCGUGGCCGCGGGCGACCCCGUGGAGGGCUGGCUCAACCUCCGCGGCGGCGAGCACCGCAGCCACGGGACGCACACCCCGAAGCUCCGCGUCCGGCUGCGGUUCUUGGACGUGGAGGCCGACCCGGGCUGGGACGCUGGCGUUCGUCUCCCCGGGUUCGCCGGCGUCAGGCCGGCGUAUUUUCCGGAGAGGAGCAACUGCCGCGUCACGCUGUACCAGAACUCGCACCUGUCCGGCGAGUUCGACCCGGGGGUCCGCCUCGCCGGCGGGCGGCGGUACCGGCCGGCGCGCCUCUGGGAGGACCUGUACGUCGCCAUCCGCGACGCGCGGCGGUUCGUUUACGUCGCCGGGUGGUCGGUGAACACGGCGAUCACGCUCGUCCGCGACGCGGCCCGGAUGAUCCCCGGCGCCGAGGGCAUUACUCUCGGCGAGCUGCUGAGGCGGAAGGCCGACGAGGGGGUGGCCGUGCUGGUGAUGCCGUGGCAGGACAAGACGUCCGUCUCCUUCCUCGGCAACGACGGCCUCAUGAAGACGCACGACGAGGAGACGCGGCGGUUCUUCGAGGGCACGGGCGUGCGGUGCUUCCUCUGCCCGCGCAACGCCGACGCGUCGCUCACCAUGGUGCAGCACGUCGAGGUCACCGCGGAGUUCACGCACCACCAGAAGACGGUCACCCUCGACGCCGCCGCGCCGGGCGACGCGGACGGCCACCGCCGCCAGAUCGUCAGCUUCGUGGGCGGGAUAGACCUCUGCGACGGCAGGUACGACGACGAGAACCACACGCUGUUCGGGGACCUCGACACGACGUACCGCCAUGACUUCUUGCAGAACAACUUCAAGCACGCCGGCCUGCAGCGCGGCGGGCCAAGGGAGCCCUGGCACGACGUCCAUUGCAGGCUCGAGGGCCGCGCGGCGUGGGACGUGCUCGCCAACUUCAAGCAGCGGUGGCGGAAGCAGGCGCCGCCGGAGUUGAACGACUGCCUGCUCGAACUUAGCCGGACGGAGUUCCCUGAUCCCGGCAGCUUCGCCGACGACGACACGUGGAACGUGCAGGUGUUCCGGUCCAUUGACGACGCGUCGGUCGUCGGGUUCCCCUCCGACCCGGCGGCGGCUUCGGCGGUGGGCCUGACGACCGGCAAGGACGUCACGAUCGACCGGAGCGUACAGGCCGGCUACCUCGAGGCCAUCCGCCGGGCGCGGCGGUUCAUCUACAUAGAGAACCAGUACUUCCUCGGUGGCUGCGCGUCGUGGGCCGAGGACCGCGACGCCGGCUGCCUCAACCUGGUGCCCGUCGAGAUCGCGCUCAAGGUCGCCGCCAAGAUCCGGAGCGGCGAGCGGUUCGCCGUGUACGUCGUGACGCCGAUGUGGCCGGAGGGCGAGCCGGCCGGCGACUCCGUCCAGGCCAUCCUGCGGUGGAACCGCCUGACCGUGGAGAUGAUGUACGGCAUCGUCAUGAAGGCCAUCGACGACGCCGGGCUGCGCGGCCAGGCGCACCCCUGCGACUUCCUCAACUUCUUCUGCCUCGGCAACCGGGAGGCUCCGCGUCCCGGCGAGUACUCGCCGCCGGAGACGCCGGAGGAGGGCACGGACUACUGGCGCGCGCAGGUGAACCGACGCUUCCCCAUCUACGUGCACGCCAAGCUCAUGAUCGUGGACGACGAGUACGUCAUGGUCGGCUCGGCGAACCUCAACGAGCGGUCGCUGGCCGGCAACCGGGACAGCGAGAUCGCGCAGGGGAGCUACCAGCCGGCGCACCUGAACGGGCCGAGCGGCCGCGCGCGCGGGCUCGUGCACGCCUUCCGGGUGUCCCUGUGGCACGAGCACCUCACGGGCCACGGCUCCGCCGGCGGCGGCGAGGGCGUGUUCCUGGAGCCCGAGAGCGCGGAGUGCGUGCGCGCGGUGCGGCGAGCGGCGGAGUCGCUGUGGGACGCGUACACGCAGGACAGGGCGGAGGACCUGCCGGGGCACCUGCUGCCGUUCCCGAUCACCGUGUCGGAGUUCGGCGAGGUGGCCGACCUUCCGGCCGACGGGUGCUUCCCCGACACGACGGCGCCGGUGAAGGGGAGGAGGUCGCUGAAGCUUCCCGCCAUUCUGACCACAUGACACUGUGUCGUCCACUCGUCCGGGCAUGUACAAAAGUUGAUGCAACGGUCGUCCCUUCACGAAUGCGAACAACUGAACACGUGUGCAUGUUGGAUCUCGCGAUGUCACUAUUGGAAAGAGCUACUAGACAUUCACCGUGCGUUGGAAUCUGAUAAUUGGAUGCCUAAGUCCAUCUUUAACUA